AUUUUAACAGUAAAUAUAUCAAAGAAAGUUUGCAGGGGAAAUGUGUUCCUCUUCACUCUUAAGUAUUUGAUUUGCUACUUUCAGCUCACACUGUUCCUCAUUACUGUGUGAACGUGCAAGUUUUCUUAUGAGUAAACGCACGUUCCUCCAGCGCACACUGACUUUCAGGGAGCAGGAAAUGACGGCACGCUUCCUGUCUUUAUGUAUUCUGCGGAGGCUAGGCUAAUCACAAGAUAACAACCAUUGAUAGAGGAAACAUGGGAUGUGUUCAAAGCUUGCACGAAAUUCCAGAAGAUGAGUUGAUUCACUGGAAAAAGAUCUACGCACGGCUCAUCGCAAUAGCUGACAAGUCAAGAAAAAAUCAAAGGACUCUGGGCUUGCACAGUCCAAUCCAGGAGUUUUGUGACACUCAAAUUCCCUUUACUUACAUAGGGUUUGGUGGCCAGUACCUCACACACACAUUUGGUAAUACCUGUGUUCUUGACUCGCUGCUCGCAGGUUUACACAUUGCUGCUAGUGUGCACCCCAACAUUAGGGAGCUUUUUAUGGAAGACAACACUAUCGAUGCAGUCAUGACCCUCCUGGAUAGUGGGAAGUAUGCAGAGGCAAAAGCCCUAUGGCUCAUUAACUUAGAUCUUCGGCAGGGCCGCAAAAAACACUUCAUAGAGAGCGACAUCAGGGGCUACGUCAAAGACCACCUUCCAAAUCUUUUGGAUCUGACCAGCGCCAAGUUACACUACCAUGACAGGAGGGGUCCCAGUCUUGAAGAACAUGUUUACAGCACAACAGUGAGGAAGUUUGAGACACUUGGUGACGUGACAGUCCUGGGCAACAGAAGGGACCCCCACCAACUCAUUCUAGUGGACGUCAACGGAGGGAUGAAUGCAUUCCCACCCGCCAUGAUCAAGGAUGACUAUGGGAGGGACUUCAGGCUGCAGUUUCUUCUCCUGGGCAUAAUAACUGCAAACUCCAACCACAUGGUGUUGUGCACUAGCCUGGAUGGCGGAUGGUGGCUCUACGAUGACAGGAAGCCUUCACUGUUCAGGAACGUCAACGUGGAAGAUAUACAGACCCAGGGUUACGUGGUUAACCUGGCAGCCUAUGUCAAAGUGCCAGCAAAUAAUGUGAAGCAAGACUGAAGACACUCUGCACUCCUCAGAGAGAGCACAACUUCCUGCUCUCUCCUUGUAUGUAUGUGUCUGUUCUAGGAAUACUCCGAUCAGGGUUUUUAGGGCCAAACAACGGAAUCGUAAUCGGCCGAUACCAAUCAUGGGGUGGGUGGGAUGUUCUAUUAACUGUGAUCACGCUGUGGCCAAGAAGCCAUUUCAGCAAGCUGCUUUUGCCAAACACAGAGAAGAUGGCUGACAUACCUGAUUGGCUCUUCUGAUUGGCCUUUAUAGAGGGCUCCAAUCAAAGCAUUUAGAAUUAAUAUCAGCCGAUAAUGAUUGCCAGCGAACUGUUCGGAGUAUCUGCAGACUGUUCAUCUUCUGAAUGUGCUCAUUUAUUUAUUAUACAUUUAGUUUCCUUUAUACUUGUACAUAAUUUUUUUUUUUAUUCUGGGAAAAACUGUUCUAUCAAAACUGCAACGUAACAAGCGUGCACAGUUUAUUUAUUGAAGAACACAGGGUAAGAAAGGCAGCUGAUAGAACAAGGAAUUAUGAAGGAAACAAACUAUGCACACUUGUCACUUUUAUUAUUUGCUGCUUCAUUUUUCCAUUGAAUGUUUUGUUAUUUCAUGAACAGAGACUUGGUAUAGGUACUGUAUAGUUCAACAACUGAGACCAGUGUGACCAACGAACAACCUAGACUUAAAAUGGACCAAGAAGUCAACCAAACAAAAAACAAAGUCAUGUGUUCAUGUAUUAACCGCAUAUCUUGCACAAUGUCCAAUGUGAAUACUGCCAAGCUGACUUCCAAACUCAUCCAUGCAGAUGAGUCCUUUAACAAACCACAUUAGAUAGCCAGUGGAGGACUACAGUGUUUGACAUACUUGGAUGAUUACAUUUGGUCCCUGAUAUUUCAAAAGGUACCUGACUGUCUGAAUGUUUAAUUAAUUUGAAACUGAUUUUUUUCUUACCUGCCAGCUUCAGUAUAUAUCAUAAGCUAUUUUCAAACCUCUGGAAUUCUUAGAGUUAAGUAUUGCUAUUAAGUAUUGCAGUUUUGAUUUAAUUUAAUUUUGUCAGUUGUUUUUUGACAGAAAAAACAAGCUUUUCAAGAAAUAGGAAAAACAAAAAAAAGUUUUUAUUACUAGACCUGGUCACCUCAUAGUCAUACAAAACUGUAAACUGGAUAUACAACCAUAUUCAGAAUAUUUGUUUUUUGGUACAUUAUAACUGUCUGGAAAUAGUAUUUUUCUGUUAAAAAAUAUAUAUAUUUCUGUAUAGCAAAUGCCAGUAAACUACAUUAAUAAAUAUUUUCUGGUACUGUAAACUUCUGCCAAGUAUGGUUCACCUACUGCCAUUGGUACUUAGGCACCCUAGACUUUAUUAUAUAUGUUUAUUUUUUUGUGUGUGUUAGUUUUUAAAAGAACACAUUUGAAAUGUCCAAAUAUUCAUUUUCCAAAAUAUUUAACAUUUUAGACAUUUUUGUAUUUAAUAAAAAAGGAAUUGACUACUUUUUACAUAAAAACUUGAUGAAGGCUGUCUGAGAUCAGAAGCAAGGAACCAACCAAAGCAGAAAAACUGUAGUUCUCCAACAUCCUAGGAGAACAACCUCCCUGCUGAUUAUCUUAUAGAACUGCAGGACAGCGUUGGCUGUCUCAGAGAAGUGAUGCACUUUUAACACCAAAGAGUGGUCACAAAAACUGUACUGAGCAAGUAACGCUUUCAAUUGUGAAUAUUGUUUACAUUAAAUAAAGUCAAUUAAAAAUAGAA